AAAAUCGAGUUUUCAAAAGAUGACGCGAGCGGCGUGGCGCGUCUGGUGUUGACGAACGCGAGCGGUCGCAACGCGAUGACUGGCAGAAUGUUCCUGGACUUGGAGCGAAUAGUCGAGGAGUUAGGGGCGUGGCCUACGGGGAAAUUGGUCAUCGUGUCGGGGGCGAAUGGCCAAUUCUGUUCGGGUGGCGAUCUGCGCAUCAUGAAGCGGCUAUGUGACCCGCAUAGUGGGUACACAAUGCACCGUUUCAUGAGCGAUUUGCUGCGUAGGUUUAAGCGCCUCCCACAGCUAUCGUUGGCCAAAGUGGAGGGGUGGGCGAUAGGGGGCGGGGCCGAGUUGACGUGCACGUGCGAUCUGCGUGCGUUCCACGUGAAUUCGCGGUUUGGCUAUGUGCAAUCGAAGAUUGGCGUCACGCCAGGUUGGGGUACCGCCCUCGACUUCUUCCGCAUCGUUGGUCGUGCGCGCGCCGUCGAAAUGCUCGCCAUGGGUACGGUAUUGAAGGGGGCGGAGCUUGCGGAAAAGGGGCGUGGCUUAGCUAAUCUGGUCUAUUCGAGCGAAGCGGAAUUUGAGGAAUAUGUUAACAAAUUGCUAGUGAAUAAUGUGACCCUGUUGAGGUCAAUCAAAAAAUUGGCACUUGUCCAUGAUUUGAAUGAUAAUAAUAUUAAUAUUAAUAAUAUAUAUAAUAAUAAUAUAAAUAAUAAUAAUAAUAAUGUGGAAAAUAUGGAUUUGGAAGGGAAGAAGUCAUUUUUGGAUCGCGAAGUAUUUUGCGAGAAUUGGGGCGGUGAGGCACAUUUGGCCGCGUUGAAGGCGAGUAAGAAAAUGAAAUAA